AUGGCCGCAGAAGGGUACCUCGAUUCACUGAACACAUGGGUCCCGGAGAGCGAUAUCUUGGCGUUCAAGACCGCUUUCUACUGCACCCUGUUCGGUGUGUUCACUUGCGUCAGCUUCGCGGCUCUGCUCUCCGUUUACAUGCUGUUGCGUAACUUCCUGAAGCCGAUCUUGUGGGCCGUAAUGUGCGGCUGUGCCCUGUUCCCGAUGAAGAAGGGUCUUUCGAAGAUCCUCACUUCCUGGCUGAACGGCCUGAAGGAAAACAACACUCCGUUGCUGUUGGGCGUCGUUGUCGCCCCUCUGAAGAUCAUGGAUCGUUGUUCGUCGUCACUUGUCGACCUAGUGCUGAAGAAGUCGAUCAUGAAGUUGAUUCUGGCAUGUGUCCUAGUACGAUACCUGUUCGCAAUGCUCACCUACGACGCAGUCUUGACAAUGGCAACGUGGUCAUGGGCCUUUUUCGAUAGCAUCAUCGACUUGGGAUCCAGUUCUUGGAGCAUAGUUUUGGCUGCCCUUCUCGGAGUUGGCUGUGUCUGCUGCUUCCUGUUCGCUCGUGACUUCAACAAGGAUCUACUUCGAUACACGUUUUUAUCCACAUGGUUCGUCGCUUUCUGCGCUUUCGUGAAGUUGUUUUAUCCGGUUCACAUGUUGGUCGCGUUUGUACUGAUCGCAUUGUUGUUGGUCAUGAAGAUGGAUAUCAAUUUAUCCUUCUUUUCCGUUCCAAAAUCGCCCACAAAGUCCAGUACACCGCCGGUGAAUUUUUCGGACUACUGCAUGGAGAUGAUGCUCGGCGUUUCGAUCAUAAUGUUUGUGAUCAAGCAUCCGACGUUGUUGGUGGUUUUUGCGCUGUUGCUGUUCUACGGCAUGUUGAAACGAACCGUGGAGGAAACUCUUCAGAUCAUUGAAAUUACCCAAGGCUCGGUGGAUCUCAUUGCAACCGCCACUGUCAUCGUGAUGCUUUUGGUAUCUGCUUCGCUUUUGGGUGCUUUCCUUUUCGUUCAGCUGAACAACGAAAUCGUACACAUUAUUACGGUGAUGGGCAGCAUUACGCAGCAGAACGGCAAACUCUCGGAGCUGGUAUCGAAUUUUCUGAAAAUGCAGGGUAAUGAAUCGCUGGCUGACAGUGUAUAUCUUCAUUCCCGAACGUGGCUGACUGCCCAAUCACGCAACCUGGCUGGCAAAGAUGAUUUGGAAAAGGCAGACCUCAUAGAAAGCCAUGUCAAAAUGUUACUCGACAAGCUCUACAUGAGAUUCAACUCUGGCUCUGAGGCAUAUCCGACAAAGCAGGACGUAGCGAUGCCAAAUUUCUGGAAGUUUCUUACGUCCUUGAACGUCAUGGACAUGAUCCAGGAAAACUUGAACCUGCUCAGUUCGGUCAUGCAGACCGCCUGGCUGGUCAUCAAGGUCAAUAUGGAUAUCGCCUUCAUGUGCUUCAGUACGAUGUUCACGUUCAUAAUCGACCUUGGGUUCGACAUCGUCCGUUUUUUGCUGCAAAUUGUGAUUUUCCUCACUUGCUUCUGUUACCUGCUGGCUUUCAGUGGUAAUGAGUUCCUUCCCCUCGAGUGGGCACUCAGUCUUAUUCCGGUGAUACCCGCGAUCCAGUCGAACAAGUAUCUUCUGCUGAAAGCGGUUCAGCGUUCGGUCAGGAAGGUAUUCAUCAUAACGUUCAAAAUGGCAACAUUCUAUGGUUUUUACCUGUGGUUUCUGUAUUCACUGUUUGACUUGACCGUCAGUGUCAUUCCUACAGUCAGUGCAUCGGUGCUAGCCGCUGUUCCGUUUGUCGCACCGUACUGGGCGUGUCUGCCCGGGGUGUUGGAGUUAUGGCUGAUUAAGGGGAACAGCAUCCUGGCGAUUGGUCUAGCCGUGUCGUCGUUUGUACCGUCGUUCAUCGUUGACCCGUACUUUUACGAAGAGCUCAAUGGAUCCCAUCCGUACCUGACGGGUUUGUCGAUCGUUGGAGGCCUAUACUGGCUGGGCUUCGAAGGAGCAAUUUUUGGCCCGAUACUCUUAUGCUGUUUGUUUUCGCUGGUCAACAUCUGCAGGGACGUCGUUGCUAAUACAUAA